UCACCUGCUGGAAAUAAGCAGCGAACAAGGAAGUCUAUCACUGGGGACUGGAUGUAAGGCUAAUCUCAAACAAAAUACAUCUCCGCCGGAUCGUAGUCAUCUGCUCGUCAGCUACUCACUACAUCGGCGGGACAAGAUGUUUAAAAAACUCAAGCAGAGGAUCAACGAGGAGCAGUCACCGCAGAGGAAUGCGCAGUCACCACAGCAGGCCCAGAUGGGCCCUGGUGAUCGUCGCAGCAGCCAGACUCCCCCUUUUCACCAUGAUGGUUCACCCUCUCCAAGUGACAGAGAGAUGCUGGCUGGGAUGAUAGCAGAGCCCGCUUUUCUCUCUGAGUAUACUAUCUUUGCUCUGGACCAUUCAAAACGACCCAAAACGGCCCAGGUAGCCAGUGUGAGUGCCACUAAAGAACCAGCAAGGUCUCCUAGAGGUAGCAUCAAUGGAGAUGGAAGUGCCUCUCCUCUUAGAGAGGAGCCACAGUCAUUUGCCCAGAAACUCCAACUCCGAGUUCCCUCAAUGGAGUCUUUAAUUCGCGGAGGUGCCAGCCGGGCAGAAAGCCUUUUCCGCUCUCCGUCUAAAGAGAACCUCAUCCGAACCUCAUCGCGUGACUCCCUGACACCUUUGGGAGAAAAUGAGCCUCUGGGUGCCCCCUCGUACGACCCACCCUCAGAUAUUGAGAGUGAGGCUGAGGAGCCUUCAGGAAACACUGAAUCCCUCUCCAAAGAGCAGUUGUUGCACCGGCUGUUUCGGGUGGAGAGGAGUUUGGGGAAAUACAGAGGGAAGUACUCAGAGCUUGUUACUGCAUACCGCACAGUACAACGAGACAAAGAAAAAACACAGGCCAUCCUCAGUCAGAGUCAAGAUAAAGCUCUCCGCAGGAUAGGGGAGCUGCGUGAGGAGCUGCAAAUGGACCAGCAGGCCAAAAAACACCUACAGGAUGAGUUUGAUGCUGCUCUGGAGGAGAAAGAUCAAAUGAUCACUGUUCUGCAGACACAGGUUGCUCUGAUGAAGAAACGGCUGAAAGGGGUCUCUGAUGGUGCAGUACCACCUGAGGGUCAACUCCCUCAGUCUGAAGACUCCACCUCUGUCCAACAGAGUCCUUCAAAAGAACAAGAAGUGGAGCCUGAAGCCAGUGAAGAAGGGGGCAACGCUGAUCCAGCCAAACUUAUGGAACAGCUACAGAAGAGAGUGAAGAGGCAGGAAAACCUACUGCAGAAGUGUAAAGAUGUGAUGCGAACACACAAGGAGAGGAGCGCUCAGCUCAGCAGUGAGAAUGAAACUCUACAAGAACAGCUGCAGGAGAGACUGCAGGAACUGGAGAAGAUGAAGGAACUGCACACAACAGAGAAGACUAAGUUGAUCACUCAGCUGCGUGAUGCCAAAAACCUUAUUGAACAGUUGGAACAGGAUAAGGGAAUGGUCAUUGCAGAAACAAAGCGUCAGAUGCACGAAACACUGGAAAUGAAAGAAGAAGAGAUCGCACAGCUACGCUCAAGGCUUCAACAGUCGACUGCCCAAAGAGAAGAGCUGCAGGAACAGAAAGAAAGAGCUGAGAAAGCAGCAUUUGAGGAACUUGAGCGGGCAUUAGGUGCAGCUCAGAAGGCGGAAGAGGCCAGAAAGCAGCAGCAGGUUCAACUGGAGGAGCAAGUGAAAGAAGUUGAAAGAGCCAGUGAAGAAGAGAGGAAGACUUUGCAGCAGGAACUCACACGAGUGAAGCAGGAGGUUGUUACCAUCAUGAAGAAGUCAUCUGAGGAAACUGUGGCCAACUUGGAAAAAGCCCACAGUGAAGCCCUGGCUGCUAAAGAAGAAGAGAUGAAUGCCAGAAUCAACGCAGCUGUGGAGAAAUGCAAAAAGGAGUUUGCCCAGUUAGCUAAGGAACGAGAACAGCAAGCCACUCUAGCUCUGGAGGAUGCGGAAUUACAGAAAACAGCUUUGAAGAUAGAGUCUGAAAACAAGGUUAAAGAGAUACAGCUAGAGCUAGAGGCUGCAAGAACUAGAGUAUUGGAGCUAGAGAGCUCUCUGGAUAAGCUCUCCCAGGAUGGAUCCAAUCUGUCCCAUGAACUUUCCAGUCAGCUGGAUGAACUGAAAGAUAAACACAGGGAGCAAAUAUCUGCAUUAGAGGAAAAGCACCAGGAGCAGCUGGAAAAGCACAAGGGCACCCUAACCCAGCAGCAGAACAAUACUAUGGAGGAGCUCAAAGAAAAACACAGAGCUGAAGUGGAGACGAUUCUGAAAGAUAAAGAGUUGCAGUUCCAAGCACAUGUUGAAGACAUGAACCAGAAAACAUUAGAAAAACUGGAUGCAAAGCAGGCAGAGCUGGAGGCUUUAUCUUCUGACCUUUCAGAGGCUUUGAAGAGUAAACGGCUUCUGGAGGAGAAGCUGGUCGCAGCUGAGGAAGUGCAUAGUUUAGCUAAGCAAGACUAUGAAAAAAGGUUUGAGGAUCAGGUGGCAAAGCACAAUGCAGAGAUUGCAGAUAUUAAGCAGGAGCAUGAGCAGUCACUUGGCGGUAUGGAGAAAACUCUGAAAGAGGAACUUAACACGCUGAAAAUAGUUUUGAGGGAAAAGGAAAAGGAAAAUGAAGAACACACUCUUAAAAUAAACACACUACAAGAGGAAUCACAUUCCACUCUCCAAGAAUUAAAUGCUAAAAUUAAAGAACUGGAGGAACUGCAGCAGUGUUUAUCACAGUCCCAAUUAGAAAGUGCAGGCCUCAAGGAAUCUAAUGCACAGUUAAGUAAGAUCUCACUGGAUCUAGAUCAGUGUAAGAAGGACUUGACAGAUUUAGAGCAUCAGUUGGAGGUAGCAAAAACUGAUUGUCAACAAAAAGAGAAGUCGCUUCAGGAGCUUGAGCACCAAUUAGAAAAUACCAAGAAGGAGUUCUCAGAACAGAAGAAGCUUUUCACAGUAGAAUUGAACACUAAGCAGGAAGAACAAACACGCCUCAAGAAACAGUUGGAUGAUGAAAAAGCUGUCCUUGAGAAGAAGAUGAAAAACACUAUAACUGAAAUGGAAGGUAAACUGAAGUCACAGGAAACAAAGAUGGAAAAGUUUAAACAGAAAGCCAAAGAAAUGCAAGAGAAUUUUAAGAAAAAGCUUCAGCAAAAUGAAGAAACUAUGAAGAAGGAACUUGCAAAGAAAGAUGCAGAACUUCAGCAAAAAGAGAAGCAAGUUCAGGAGAAGAUUUUAGAGAUGGCUCAAAAAAGCUCUCAAGGCCUCAGUGAUACAAUGUCAGAGCUGCAAAAUAACCAUAAGGAGGAGGUGGAGAAACUACAGGAUGCCCAUAAGCAUGAGAUUGAGGAGCUGGAACAUCAUUGGCAGCAGAAGUUGGGACAGCAGGAGGAAGAAAUAAUGGAGAAAAACUCACAUAUUCUACAGGAGAAAGCACAGGAACUGGAGGACACUUCUCAGCAACUUAGCAGAAGCAGAGAGGAGAAUGAACAAGUGUUGUGUGAAAUAAAGAAUUUGAAGGAGGAGCUGGCUAUUCGGGAAACCACUGUGCAGAAACUGCAAGCAGAGCUUAAUGAAGCAGCAGUAAAACUGGAAAGUUUAUCUCAGGGUGAAGCAGUGCUGAAAGAGCAAAUGGAGUCAGUGGAGAGGAACCUUAACCAGGCUCUGAAUGAGAGAAACUCCCUCCAAGACAAGCUGAGCUCAAUGGAGGAAGAGGGGAGAGAGAAGUUAAAGACCUUGUCAGAUCAACUGGAGGAAACAGAGAAGCAGCUUAAGGCAGUGGAAGGUUCCAGAUGUAAGGAAAGUGAGGAGAUGCAGAGUAAAUUUGAGGAGACUGCCAUUCAGCUACAAGCCAAGGAAGCAGAGUUCCAACAGCGUUUAAUAAUGAUCACCAACCAAAUGGAGCAUUACUGUCAGGAGGUUCAGUCUAAAGUGGACUGUGGAUCCAAUGAGCUCUGUCAGAAGGUUGAAAAUCGGGUGGGGGAGUUGAAAGAUAGGCUGCUCUGUAGUCAGAAAAAGGUAGCACAUCUUCACAACAUUAUCCUUACUAAAGUAGAUAGAAUUUGCACUUUGGAGGAAACUCUCCGCCGGCAGACAGAGGAGAAUAAGAAUCUAUGCAUUUCUUUAGAACAGGUGACUGCUCAGGUAAAAGCUCAUGAGGAGCAUAUCACAGCCUUAACACACGAGAGGGAGACGCUAACAAGAGAUGCUGAAAAUCAAUUUCAGUCAAUCAAUGAAAAUAUUCAGAAAACGGAGAAGCUCAGUGAAGAAAACCGAAUCAUAUCAGAAAAUAUUAAAACAAAUGAGCUGCAUAUCAGUAACUUGGAAAGUAUCAUCAGUGACUUGAAAAAUCAGCUAGCAAGUAGCAUAAAAGACAAGGAAGAAGCCAUAAAUCAGCUGAACCAGCAGAAGCAGGAGAGGAAACGAAUGGAGGAGACAACUGAGAGAUUGGAGCUGGAGAAAACGUCUGCGCUGGAACAGGCCAGUGCACUCAGGAACAGCCUGUCAGAGUUUGAGAAUAGUGCCGAGUCCAAGCUCGCCCAGAAUGACAACACUAUCACAUCUUUACAGACAAGGCUCGGAGAGCUCGAGCGAGAAAUCUCUGAAAAGAAUGAAGCUUUGCAGAGGCUUACCGCAAGUAUUGACAAUCAGUCCAUCAGCAAGUCUGAGAUGGACCAGGUUCUGAGUGAGAAAGAGCAGAAGUUGAGUGAUCUUACUUCGGAGUUCGAGAGUUGCAACAGUCGACUCUGUGAGCUUCAGGAGCAGUUAGCCUUAAAGACAAGAGAGUGUGAACAACUCGCAGCCAACCUCAAACAGCAGCACAGCAUCACAGAGAAUGAGAAAAGAGUGUUGGUAGAACAGCUGCAGCAGACCCAGAUGCAAUGCACUCAGAAUGGGAACUUGGAGCAAGAGAUGGUGCAAAAACUACAUUCCCUUGAGGAAGACAACCAAAAGUGUAAAUACGAGCUUCAGAGUCAAAAAGAAGAAUUUGAGAGGAUUAAAAGCGAGAUCAUAAAGAGCAAUGAUGAAAAUCUGAAGGCAACAGAAGAGAAAUUGUCCACAGAGAGCGUCCGGAAAGUAUCGGAGCUGAAGAAGAAAGCAGAGCAGAAAAUCGGUCAGAUUAAAAAGCAGCUAACCUCCCAACUUGAAGAGAGAGAGCAGACAAUCAAGGCUCUGAGGGCGAGUUUGGAGGAAACCAAGAGGAACGAAACAUUCAGCAAAGAGCAUGUAGAAACAUUAGAGGAGAAAACAAAAGCCCUCGAGGAAGCACUUGCGAAGCUGAAAGAGGAGCAGGAGAAACAACUUGAAGAGAUUCAAAGUCAUGAGAGGCUUGAGAGAGAGAAGUCUUUAGAGGAAAUGAAAAACCUGUAUGAAGAGAAGCUGUCAUCACUUCAAAAGAAUACAGCGGAUCACGAAGGCCUUAAAGAAACCUCAUCAGUGCUGCAGGAAACUGAGGCAAAACUAAAAGAGGCAGAAGAACAAAAUGGAGCCCUUCUUGCAGAACUAAAUCAACUCAAAGAAGAAAUACUUGACAAGGACGCUCAGAUUAAUCAACAUCAGGCAAAUAUUGAGCAAAAUUCAUCAGAAACUGUGGUUGAGAGGAAGGUGGAAUGUUCCAGUGUGCAGCAAACAAAGAGCGCAUUAGAAAACGACAUGGAGAACCACUCUGAGACUCAAGAAGAGGACGGUGAGUCGUUCAAAAGCAGACUCGCUCAGGUGAAGAAUGAAAAAGACAAAAUCUACAAAGACUUCUGCAGGCUUCAGAAAGACAUGCGGUUAUUGAGGAAGGAGCACGAACAGGACCUAGAGUACACCAAGAAGGAGAUGAUGGAAGAGAAUGAGAAAAAAUUAAAACUGGAAUUGGAAGACAUGGAAAUGAAGCACAACUCUACAGUGAAGCAGUUAAUGAGGGAGUUCCAAACACAACUGGCCUUGAAGGAAAAGGAGCUUGAUUCGGCAGUGAAGGAAGCCAUUGCAAAGGCCCAGGCUGUGGAGGCUGAACUCAUCUACAGCCAUCGUGAUGAAGCCAGUCAGCUACGGAAGGUGAUUUCCCAAAAGGAGGACGAUUUGCACAGAACUGUUCAGAAAUAUGAACAGGUUAUACAGAGUCGAGAGGAGGAGAUGGGAGACAGAGUGUGGCAGGUUCAGAAGGAACUGGAGGAGCUGCAAGCAAGGAGCCAGAACACUUCUGAGACACCGAUAAGUACAGUAGAGCUGCAGGCCCAGCUUGCUGAGAAGACAACAUUGCUGAGUGAGGCUCGGUUGAAAGAACAGGAGUUUAUUGAGAGAAUUCACUCGCUUGAAGACAAGAUUAAAUGUUUCCAUCGAAGCACUGUUGUAACUCAUCUUGGGAGCACGUAUAAAGAUCCUGGUUACAACAGCUCUGAUGCACUCUCAGAAGCCACUGAGAUGGAGUACCUGAGGAAGGUUCUCUUUGAAUACAUGAUGGGACGCGAAACAAAAACAAUGGCCAAAGUGAUUACCUCUAUGCUCAAGUUUCCUCCAGACCAAGCCCAAAAGGUUUUGGACAAAGAAGACUCAAAAACGAUUGCUUGGUUACGAUGAGCGUCAGGCUGGUUUUGGGUACGUUUGGAUGAAAUUAUACUGCUGUGCUGCUGCUACUGCUGAAGGGGAAGACUGCCAAGGAUUUGAUCAAGCCCUUCUCUCUGCAUUUCUUGUCUUUUUAUGUGUUUGUGUGGGUGUUUUUAUGUGUGUAUGAGCACAUGCUGGGACAUAUGUGUGUGUGUGUGUGUGUGUGGGGAAGUAUGUGUGAAUAUAGCUAAUAAUAUGAGGGAAAUCGAGAACAUGCCAGAAAAACAAAUCUUCCAUAAAUCUGGUUUUACUUUGAAAUUUUUAAUUUAUAUAUAUAUAUAUUUUAGAUGAAGACGAAUAGUUUUUGUUUAGUUCGUGUAUAAAGAUUGGCUUGUGCAAUAUUUGAUUCAUUAUUAUUACUUUUGGAUGCUGACGGUCAGUUGAUUCUUAGGUUUCUUUGCUGUUGUUGUCUGAAUCACUUCCUCUGUAAAAGACCCUUUAACUGUGUUCUCGCACCACAUUAAGAUACCGGCCUCUGGACCUUGUUUGUUUGACACGGCUUUUCUAUGCUUUUUAUUUUGUCAACACUGACAUAGAAUCCCAAAAUUACAAAACUGUAAAUUGUAUUAUGAUGAUUAAAACUGUAUUAUAGGGCACUAUAUGACUUGCUAUACAUUUUCAGACUCACAAAUUAAAUCUUAUUUACAGAA